AUGCUAACUUCGGUGGUGUGAUCUUCUUUUGUUUUUGUCUCCAGGUUCCGCGGUGUGCAUCCUCGAAACACAUUCCACUGCCGUCUCGAACAAGAUCCGCGGUCUGGCACGCAUGGUUCAGGUGUCGUCCAAUAUGACCCUGGUGGAUCUGACGAUCAAUGGCCUCGCCCCGGGCAAGUACGUGGCGACCGUGCGCGAGGCGGGCGAUAUCUCGCAAGGAGCGGCGUCGACGGGAGGCAUUUGGGAGGCCGUCAAGGCCAAGGUAUUGGGCUCGACGGAGCCCACCAAGGAACCACGUGGGGUCUUUGGGUCAGUGGAGGUUGACGAAAAGGGACGAGGCAAUGUCUUUUUGGAUCGACCGGUCGCGAUCUGGGAGAUGAUUGGCCGCAGUAUGGUGGUGUCAAAGAAUGCCGAGGGCCCCUUUGAUCGGGAGGACUCGAACACAUUGGUUGGGGUCAUCGCUCGUAGCGCGGGGGUGUGGGAUAACGACAAGAUGGUCUGUUCCUGCUCCGGUAAGAACGUUUGGCAGGAGCGGCAGGAGCAGGUCUCCCAGGGAAUGGUAUAGAGGGAUCUGAUAAUGGCGGGUUUGGCAGGAAAUCUGGUGUGAUUUGACUACAUCAGAGGGCAUAAGCCGUUCUAUGUAUAGCACAGAGAAGGAGGGGGUGGGGUCACCGUGGAAUUGCUUGUGCAUGGGCAAUUGGAUUGACAAGUAUUACUACUACUAUCAGCCACAUGAAUGAAUAAUGAUGACUCGAGUACUCCGUACUGCUGGGAGGCAGGAAGCAGAAGCAGCAGCAAAAGAAGAAGACACCGACAACCCCGGACUCAGGUGACUGGCAGCCAUGCAGGAGCAACUGCACGACACACCGACUAGUCGUGAGCAGGGCAUGGCAAGAACACUAAGAACACUAAAGAUAGAUCGAGAGCUACUCCUAGUGUUCAUAGUACAACGGUCCGACA